AUUUGUGUCAAACUGAAAUCGAAGACACAAGAAAAAUAUUUUGUGAAUGUUUGCCAAUCUGAAAAAGUUCCUGCACCUAGAGAGAUUUCGGAGGAAGAACUACGCAGUAUCCUCACUGAUGUCGAGGGUUCAGCUCCUUUCAAAAUCCCGAUGAGUAUCGGUGAGCCCCAUGCUGAAGUGGACUCGGCUGGCAAAGGCUGUACUGCAUACGAUGUGAUCAUAAACCCGACAUUCUUCGACAAAGUUCGAUCCUCCGAGCUGUUCGAAGCUUUUCUGAUGACGGUCAUCUUUGAAGGUUUGGAGCACAAAUACGGUGUUGAUUUAGAACGAAGUCUUUUAGAUCACUUGGAUUUGAUGGCUGCAUCACAAUUUUUCGCUUCUAGUUUGGAAGGUGAAGCUCCUGUCUAUGAGUUGGUUACGGUUCCCGAACAAGGAUCGCCAGAAUUUCUCAUUGCUCGUAUUCAGUUGCCAAAAUUGGUGAGUCACAUAAGGACGCCCUUAUUAACUGUAAACAAAUAUGGAAUUACAUCGCUACGUAGCGCACAUCAAUGA